GAAUAUGAAUCAAUUGCUUCAAUCUCCCACUAAUAUAUACAUAUAUUUUCCUUUGGUAACACUUGACAAUUGAGGCUGUGAAUUUAUGACGUCAGUUGUUGCGACCGAUUGGCACUAUUGUUAUCGACUACAUUCAAAAGUCAAUUGUUGUAAUAUAUUCGAGCUACGAAUUUUAGGCAAUUUUCACAUAAUUCUUCAAAGAAGUUGGCAGCGCAGCAGACAUUUAAUCAAAGAAAAUAUUGCGGCACAAGCGAAAAUUUGCAAGAAAGUUCAAAAAUGGAUCAAGAGCAGCUAAUGAACGCCGUUAAUCGGCUGUUUUCGAAGUGCCAGAACGCCAGUUCCACGGGCAUUUUGGAUCUCAACCAUAGCCAACUGACAGAAAUUCCUGAAGUUGUGUUUAGCUUUAUGUCCAAUGCUGGGACUGAGGUUAAGGAGUGUGAUCUUAGCGGCAAUUUAAUUGAAGAGAUACAACCAAAAUUGGCCCUCGAUUUCAAAGUCUUAACAAAUCUCAAUAUAGCAGAUAAUUUUCUGACGACACUUCCAAAGGAGAUUGGCAGUCUGCGAGCCUUGGCAAGACUCAAUAUAUCAUGUAAUUAUCUGUUUCAAUUGCCCGAUGUAGUUUUCAAGUUGCCGCAUUUGACAUAUUUGUAUGCUCAGGACAACUUGAUUACGAAAAUCGAUAUAGAACAGCCAAUUGAGAGCGAUAACUUGGCUCUAGUUGACUUACGUUACAAUACUCUAGAGCCUGAGUUUCUUCGUAAGCUGAUGAAGAUACAAACCACAUUCCGUUUGGUACUCAACGACGCAGAAGUGAAAGACAACGACUAUGAAGAUGAUGAUGAUCAGGAUGAUGAUGAUGGUUUCAUCAAAAAUUAAGCAUCUUUAUACACCCACACUCAAAACUGUUCCUUGUUUUCCAAGGAAGCAAUACACAAAACAAAACAAAAAACAAAAAGAACCAACAAAUUGAUAUGAAACAACUUAUGUAUUGUGUUAAAAUCUUGUUUAAAAAUCUAAGAUCUCUUAUUAGUGAUACA